AUGGGAGACUCGGCAGCAGUUCAGGAUGACACAUCGGAUCCGUCCUCGGGUGAUUCACCCCCCGUUGUGCUCAUAUCUGAAGAUGGGGACAUCGUUCUCAACGUUACAUUUGAGACCUCCAGAGAGACCAUCGCUGUGGCUCGCAGGACUUGGCAGGCUGCCAGUAAGAAGAUCGGUGCACCACGGAUGCCCCAGCCCAACCUGAGCCCCAACGUCCAAGUCGCCUACCGUGUCAGGCUUUCCGUCUUGAGGAAGCACUCUCGGUACUUUGAAAACCUUCUCGGCAACAAACAGUUCUCUGAGGCGAGCUACGUCGAGGAAACCCUCGCUCGCCUGGCUGCGGACAAGCUUAAGCUGGCCGAAGUGGAUGCCGGGGACUUGCCCUGGAUCACAGUCGUCGAUGACGACGAGGCAACCCGGUCCGUCGGCCGAGAAAAGGUCUUUGAGGACUUGAUGAGGAUUAUGCAUGGGAAGCAGAUACAAUCUACGUCUGUCAACAUGCUUCAUGUGACUACUUUGGCCAUUCUGGCCGAUCGAUUUGAUUGCAGAUCAUUGGUCUCGAGAUACCUUAGUAUCGAGCUCAAGUUCAAGUGGCCCUUGACAAGUGCCAAGCCGGUGCGAGCGGGCAACCAAAAGAAAAGUCUAGACACCGAGAACGUCCUCAGACAGAAGAUCCUGGUUGCUUGGCUGUUGGAGCAGCCGCCCAGACUCCAUAACUACACACGAGAGCUGAUUCUCCGUGGCUCUGUCCGAUGGAGCGAACUGUCUCCGGAUGAGAGCCCACGUACUGAGCUAUGGUGGAGUCUGCCGGAUGGCUUGGAGAGAGAGCUACAGUUCCGGCGGGAGUGUAUUUUGAAUACCAUUGCUUCAGUCCAUCGCCAUUUCCUCGCUCUCUACUCGUCUCGCGAGAGACAGUGUAAACUUGGGUACGACUCGAGCUCUGCAUGUGACUCGUUCCAGCUGGGCCAGAUGCUCAGGUUCUUCACGGCCAAGGAGUUGAUUGGUAUUGUUGACUUUGGGCCCAGCUCAUACGACAAUAUACCAGACUCCUCGGUCAUCGAUAUUGAAGAUAUACUGGCAAUUUUGAAGCAAGUUCCAAGCUAUCAGAUUGACAAACACCACACCAAUUGCGGUAUUCGUACGCGUAUUGACUCGAUCGUGGAAUACAUCAGAUCGAUGAUGUCGUCGAGUGUCCUCUCUAUUUCCCAGGCUGAAUGGAAGAACAACCAGGCAUCGGCUACUUGGAUUCCGGCGGAAGAUGGUUCGAAACUGGACAGAGAAGAAAGGAAGUUUGAGUUUACCAGGAGUCUGGCGGGCGACCAACGACUUCGAUACGAGGGCAACAUGUACGCUGAUAAGAUGGCGCGCAAGCUAUUCACUGCCGAUAGAUGGGACUGGACCCCCGAGUAUUAG